GAUUUCUACAGCAGACGACGGGUCAAAGUGAUGCAAGAUGUCUUAAGCUGCAGGUUCAAUAACUUGGAUAUUGGCACAAUCAAGCAAUAUCACAUGCACAGUAGCGUGUCGACCUACGGAUUCGGCCUCUGCUCCAUUGACGCUACAGCUACAGAAAACACAACGUUGAUGUCUAACUGGGUGUUUAAUGUGACGGAAGAAAGUUUAAACAAUCUCCGACGCUGUACCGAGGACAUCAACCCGGAGUGUCGCCAGACUAACUACCUGGUGGUCAAGGUCAUUCGUCUCACCAUGCAGGAACUGGGUCAGCUGAUGGACCUUGACCCCGACUUCAAGGUGCUGUACCUGGUUCGAGACCCCCGUGGGACCGUCCGGUCACAAAACCAACUCGGGGAGUUCGACUGGACAAUAUUAAACAACUACACCAAAUCGUUUUGCGAGCGAGUGAGAUCCGACAUACACGUCUCCAAAACAGUUUUUCACAAAUUUCCUCAUCGCGUUAUGCAAGUUCGCUAUGAGGACAUAAUCGAGAACCCAAUAGCAAGGACCCAACAGUUGUACGGAUUUAUAAACCUUGAGUUUACACCACCUGUCAAAGAAUAUAUCUGGAAUAUAACGUUCGCCGGAAAUCAAGAUGACUGUAACAUAUGUACGACACGGAAAAACGCGACGGAAACGGCGUACGCUUGGAGGAAAGUGUUGAGUUUUGAUGAAGUGAACCUCAUUCAAAGUCACUGCUCUGACGUAAUGAAACACUUCGGUUACCGGCCCUUUGACCAGAAGGAGUUGUCGGACUUUAAGAUUUCAUCAUAUUACCAAGUUAAAAGAUGAAAAAUAAUCGAUUUAUCCGCGAAUUUAUUAAUCUAAUUAACAAUGACUAAUUUUAAUGACUUUAUAAAUGCGAUGAAUAUUAUUAAUGUUUUAAAAUAUGAACAAGACUGAGUUUAUCAGUGACUUGUACUUAAAAAAUGAACAGUUAAUUAACUAUUCAUUCAUGUAAACUGUUUUUUUUUUACCGGGUAAUCGGACCAGCGUUGUAUUUGCACUGAAUCUUUUGAACCGAUACAAAUCCGAUUACGUAAACAUUAUAUUAUUUGUUUAUUGGACCACACAAUCGUUUAAUAGGAUCGAUACACUUGAGGUAAAAAACCAAAGCCAAAAUUCACUUUCUUUGUAGGCCUAAAUAUGUGAACUAUAAUAUAGAAUAUGCGAUCGUUUACGUGUAAAAUAACUAAAAUCCAGCGAUUUUUUUAAAUAGCUAUUCUUACGUUUAUAAAUCCUCACUUUCACCAU